AUGGCGUUAGGGCCUACAUCACAAAUGCAGAGACCAAAUAUCUCACAAGUACCCCCGCCUCCCGUGCCUGCGACUUAUACCUAUGCAGCGCCCGAAGCCCCGAGCGCGAUCCCUCAAAAUGAGCUGCCUCAUGGAUGGCAAUACUACCCAGGUGACAGCAUACAUGUUGGCCCACCGUCCCAGAGUCAGGGGUACUAUAGUGUUGAUGUAUCCGCCCCACCGCACUCGGCCACUCGUUACUACAGUCCCCCUCCCUCAGCGCCGAAUGCUACUUGGCAGGUGCCUCGUCAUACAAGCGCCCCCCCGCCAGCGAUGCCAAUACAAACUACCCCAUAUGAGUCCAUCAGCACCCCGCGUCGCCAUAUCAGUGCUCCCCCACCACAGCCUCGAGGCGAAACACUCUCUACACCCCCCACACAGAAUCAACAGUCGUCGAAAUCGUCAUCGUUUGAGAUCAAUAAUGUCUCAAACACGCUCGUCCUUUAUAAUAACAAUGAUCAGCCGAUUACCGUCGCCUCCCUCACAAUGAAAAAUAAUGAGAAACCGAUAAAAGAGGGCUACCGCGUGAAGGCGCGUUAUAUUCACUGCGACCGGCAAUCCUACGUCCCGGUUGUCAUUUCCCGCCCCAUACUCCCUUCAAACUGGAACAAGCUGGCUGGAGAUCUGUUCAUCAUAACAACAGGCCCGCUGGGGCGAUCCACCGUUGCGGAAACUGUAUGGAUGUUGAAGGAAGAGGGUACCUGGCAUGACAUAACCCAUGAUUUCAACAGCGAUCAAUUGGACUCGUUGCACUUGGUGCCGCACCCAGCUAAGGCCAUUGCGAGCGAUCAUUUCCUCAGUAGACGUACUAGUGCUGGUAAGCCUGGUUGGGUAACAGCGAAAACCCAGGAUACUUACAGACUAUGA